AUGGCUACCCCUAGUGUCCUCACGUUUGACGCUGAGGGACGAGCCGUAGACUUUGAGGUCUGGGUCGACGACCUGCAGCUGUUCCUACAGUGCGAUAGGGCAGACGGCCUCUCUCUCUUUGACCUUACCUCUGGCGCUUCCCCUGCCCCUGCUGCUAAUGCUGACGCCACUGUUCGCUCCCAGUGGGCCACGCGCGACGCUGCUGCACGUCUUGCUCUGCGUCGCCACCUCCCUACCUCCGAGCGUGCGCACUUUAGCCAGUACAAGAGUGCUCAGACCUUGUACGACGCAGUAGUCGCGCGCUACUCCUCCCCUGCCACUGCUGCACUGAGCCGUCUCAUGCUGCCGUACCUCUUCCCUGACCUUGCUGCUUUUCCCACCGUAGCUGACCUCAUCACGCACCUCCGCACUAGUGACACUCGCUACCGCGCUGCACUCCAUGCUGAAUUCUGCGCCGCGAACCCCCCCCCCAUGUACAUCACUCUGUACUUCCUAGUCACUCGCCUCCCUGACUCCCUUCGCGUAGUCAGGGACCACUUUCUCUCAGUCUGUCCCACCACGCUCACCGUAGACCUCCUGGAAAAGGCCCUCCUAGCGAUAGAGAAGAGCAUCCUCGCUGUAGGAGCCUCUCGAGGUGACCCGCGCACCCCCAUCUUUGAGGGGUGUUCUCCCUCCCCCCUGCUGCCCUCUGUUGCCUCUGCUGCUGCGGCCGACCUCCUUGGUCUUGAGUCGGUCGGCGCGGCGUCUGCCCCUAGCGGGAGACGCCGCCCUGGCAAGGGCAAGGGGGGCAAGGGAGCUGGAGGAGCGGGCGGUGGAGGUGGAGGUGGAGGCGGUGGGGGGAGUGGGGGUGGCGGUGGGAGUGGAGGUGGGGGUGGAGGGGUCGGUGGUGGCAGUGGAGGCGGAGGCGGCGGCGGCGGUGGCGGUGGGAGCGGAGGUGGCGGAGGAGGCGGCGGUGGAGGCGGCGGCGGAGGCGGCGGCAGUGGUGGAGGCAGCGGAGGAGGCGGAGGCGGUGGGGGUGGCGGUGGAGCUGGUCGCGGGUCGUCGCAGAGGAGUGGCUCCGGUGGUGGCUCGCGCCAGCAGCAGCAGCGCGGUCGUGAGACCCUGUCACCUCAGCAGCUCCGUGAGUGGUACACUGCACGCCAGCGGGGUGGGGGUUUUGGUCCGUGCACCUACGUCCUGCGCACCGGCGACCGUGCGGGUGAGCAGUGUGGGGGUGCGCACCCCACCCAGCGCUGCUUUGGCCGCCUUACGGACACGUGGCGUCACCAGUUCCCAGAGGCCUCAGAGAUCCCUCGCUGGGGCGAGCUGUCUAGGGCGGGUGUGGCCAUCUUUGAUCUUGACUUUGAUGCUAUUCUUUCUGCCAUGUAUGCUGUGUCUAUUAGUGAUGAGGGUGACUGUUACCGGUGUUUCCCGCCCGAUCCGGGCAUUGAGACUGCUACUCUAGGUACUGGUACGGCUGCUGCCCUAGGUGCGUGCGGCGCUGCUGCUCUAGGUGCUGGUGUGUCUGCGUCCUCAGGUACUGGUGAGUCUGCGCUCUCAGGUACUACACCGCACCACACUCACGCCGCUUAG